UUAACAAAGAUGGCUAAAUACGACAAAAUGAAAGAAAUAAAAGACUUCGACAAUUCAAAGAUCGGAGUUAAAGGUCUUUCCGACUCCGGCACCACCACCAUUCCAAAGUUCUUCAUCCACCCGCCGGAAACUCUCUCCGACCUAAAACCCUCGGCCAAAACCGUCGCAAUCCCCGUCAUCGACCUCUCAAAUGAAGGGACCAACCGGACAGAGAUCGUGAAACAGGUGCGAGAGGCUGCCGGUGACUGGGGAUUCUUCCAGGUUGUAAACCAUGGCGUGCCCGUUUCAAUCCUUGAGGAAACCAUCGCCGCCGUGAAAGCCUUUCACGAGUUGCCGGCGGAGAUAAAGGGACAAUAUUAUAAACGGGAGGAAAGGAAAGGAGUUAUGUAUUCUAGUAAUAAUGAUUUAUAUCGAUCAAAAGCCGCAACAUGGCAUGACUACCUUCAGGUAUGGAUGAGUCCGGACCCUGUGGUGGUUGAAGACAUACCAACAAUAUGUCGGAGAGAAUUGGUGGAUUGGGACACACACGCGAAGAGAGUUAUUGAGAACGUAAUGGAGUUGUUAAGUGAAGGUUUGGGAUUGGUUCCGAACCGGUUCAAAGAGUUGACACUUGUUGAUGAAAGGAUCGUGGUCGGAAUUAUUUAUCCACAUUGUCCGCAACCAGAUCUAACUGUGGGGCUUAUUCCUCAUACUGAUCCUGGCAUAAUCACUCUUCUACUAGCAAAUCAGAUUGGUGGAUUACAAGUUAAACAUGGUGAUGAUGGAUGGGUUGAUGUCAAGCCUUUGCCCGGUGGUUUGAUCAUUAAUAUUGGGGACUUUCUUCAAAUAGUCUCAAAUGGAGAAUACAAAAGUGUGCAACAUAGAGUGUUAGCAAACACUUCUAAGGAACCGAGGAUUUCGGUUGUCGAGUUCUUUAACCUUACAAAGUGGAGAGAUUCCGAUAAAUAUGGACCGUUGUCGGAGAUUCUAACUGACGAGAAACCUGCUAUAUACCGGGACUUCACGCAAGAAGAGUUCAUGCAAAACUUCUAUAGCAAAGGACUUGAUAGCAAAUCUCUUGUUGACAAGAUCAAGAUUCAUAAUAUUUGAGUGUGCAUUAUCAUAUGUUGUUGAAUAAA